AUGCCGGGCGAGAUUUUCCGGGCGUUGAGAUGGGCGUCACGGCCCUCCAGUGGUCUCAUCUCUGGACCGGAGAUGCUGACGCGCCAAUGUCUUGCACGAUCCAUGGCGACUGAGGCACAGGCCCAACCCUCCACUGCCAACCUCACGACAGAGAUCCCCGUCCAGGCCCAAUGGCCCACACGCAAAGUCCAUGUUAUGACCUACGACUUCCUUACAAUGGAACCCAAGAGCCUUGCUCAGUACAAAGAGAACCAACUGUCGAUGCCUCUGCGGAAAGACAUUCUUCACCGUGCAAUUGUAUUCGAGGGCGACAACACCCGCCAAGGCACGGCCAGCGCGAAAUGGAGAGAUGAAGUGCACGGCAGUCACCGAAAGAUGGCACCACAAAAGGGCACAGGCCGUGCGCGUGUAGGUGACAAGCAGUCGCCCAUCCGCCGAGGAGGUGGUGUUGCCCACGGCCCUCAUCCUCGCGAUUUCGGAACCGAUCUGCCUCGCAAGAUCUACGACAAGGCCUGGCGCAUCGCGCUCAGCUACCGGUACAAGAAGGAGCAAUUGACUGUGAUCGAUAACCAAAUCUCCGUGCCGACCGACUCAACACCGCAUCUGAUGAGGAAUAUUCUACAAGCGCACGGAUGGGAUCGGAAACAUGGUCUCUUGACCUUCAUUACCGAGAGGGAGGAUUUGGAUCUGGCGGCCAAGUUUGCGGAUGCACAGCAUGUGCGUAUCAGGAAUAUGCAGAACUUAGAUGUGAAGAACUUGCUGGAGACGAAGAGACUGGUGAUUGAGAAGGGAGCGCUGGACUGGAUUCUGAGGAGACAUUCGUCCGACCUGACGGGACGGCUAGCCAGGGCCAUGUAUUAG